CUCCUUGUGGCACCUCGGCCAUGCACCCAACACGCAUACAGAUACAAACAUCCCCCCCCCCUUGUCAUUGUCUCCUGCUUUCCAACAUCGCUGAGCCUUCUACUGAAGCAUCCACACACCACCAGUCGCCUUAGUCCUCAACUAUGCCUGAACUCAAGCUAUCCUACGUUAUCCUGUUCGAAGAUGCCACCGUCAGUAACGUCAGCACGAUUCGCGUUGAAGACUCGUUGGAUUUCACGGAAGUUCAUGACAAGAUCUACGAGAAGGAGAAGUUUAUUUUAGAGCGUCGCAAGAUUUCCCCCUCUGAAAUUUUCAUCUACAAUACGAGUGUAGAGGGUUCAGACCCCACUCCCCCCUUGGAUGAAGUCAGCUCGAUCUUCCCUAGACCGAACCCACAGGCGAAGUUUGUUGAUCUUGUGCUCGUGGCACGUCCUCCAGCUAUAACGGGGCCUCAACAUGACGCAGGGACGCCUGUUGAGGACCCGGAAGUUGUGAAAUUAUACCGAGAUAUCAUUAUCCAAGUACACAAGUGGGGCGAUUACACGGAAUUAGACGUGAUCCAGAACGAGAUAAAAGCGAACACAGAAAUCCCAGUUCCAAGAUUUGUUGCGGAGUUUGAAGAGAAGUUGGAUAGCAACCCAGGUGUGGCCCCUGAUAUGCUUGAGGCGUUCAAGGUUAUACUCGGUGAUCAAUACCAAGCUGCGUAUUUCGGGUCUCUUACAAACUCAAACGCUGCGGAGGAGCAAUCCGGGGCACCGGCCGCCGGUGGUGAGGAGACCGCUGAGGCUGAGGAUGAACAUCAUAACAAUCGGACACAACCAUGGCGCCAAGCCGACCGACUCGAGCUGAUGCAUAUCGCGGACAUUGCAUCCGAAAAUUGGCAAAUGUUUUGGACGAGACCUCUUGCUUUGAAGGGAGAUAUAGCGCAUGCCAUCUUCUUUCUGAGGCUCAUGCUUCAUAUUCCACAAGGACGGAUUACACCUGUAAGGUAUGUGUGGCCUUGAUUACUUGCGUUCGAUCAUGACUGUCGUUCCUAUAGAAGCAAGUCGCAAAUCACUCUUAUCCUGGAAAUUGCAGGUGGCGAAGGUU